ACACCAGGGAGGGGCCCUGGCCCGCUCCCUGCUCAGGAGGUCUGCGUCAGGGGCCUGUGCUGGAGCCACAGCAGGGACUGGGCCCUCAUGGGAGCUGGGGAUGUGAUUGCGCAGCAGCUGGUGGAGCAGCGGGGGCUGCAUGGGCACCAGUGCCCCCGCACCCUGAGAAUGAUGGCCAUUGGCUUCUGCUUUGUGGGCCCUGUUGUGGGCAGCUGGUACAGGAUCCUGGAUUGGCUCAUCCCAGGGAACACAAAGGUUGUGGCUGUGAAGAAGGUGAUCCUAGACCAGGGGGCUUUCGCGCCGUGCUUCCUCGGCUGCUUCCUGGCUGUCACAGGGGCCGUGAACGGGCUGUCAGUGCAGGAUAACUGGUCCAAGAUCCAGCAGGACUACAUGGAUGCCUUGAUGACCAAUUACUGUAUCUGGCCACCCGUCCAAGUUGCAAACUUCUACUUUGUGCCUCUGCAGCACAGGCUGGCUGUUGUCCAAUGUGUUGCCAUCGUCUGGAACUGCUACCUGUCCUGGAAAGCAAAUCGGAUGUGAGGCAGAAGCCAUGUCCCAUCCCUGUCCCCAGCCUGUGCCCUGCCUGACCCCACCGCGGCUCAGAGCCCUUGGAGUGGGCGCGUGUGGCCGUGGCAGGUGGGACACGCGGGGUCCUGGCAGCAGCCAUCCCGCUCUUCUCAGGGGAGCACCAUCCCCUGUGGCCUCAGCCCCCACUGCCCCAGGGAGAAGAUGGUGCCAAGACAGGCCUGGAUCUGCUCUUGCCCUGCUGCGCAGCAGCUGUGCCCACGAUGUGCUUCUCCACCUGUGCUCAGCCAUUUCUGAGCCCUUGCCUGCACACAGGGUGUCCUGCCCCGAGCGUCACUCUGACCUUCCCAUGGCACAUCCUGAGGGAAGAGAGGAGGGGAAGUGGAGAAGAGGAGCAGAAAUGGCCCUGAGCUGGCUGUGCUAUGGGCACAGAACUGGGGUCACUGCAGGCUGGGGAUGCUCCCCCUGAAAACGGGGUUUGCUGUGGCUCUGCUGUGGACAGUCAGAGCAUCAAUAAACGGUGGUCUUCACAUCUGA